AUGGCGCACACAAAGAUAAGCGGCGAAGUGAUUGGAAUCGACCUCGGCACCACCUACUCCUGCGUCGCCGUCGCCCGAAAGGGCCGUAACGUCGAAAUCAUAGCCAAUGACCAAGGCAACCGUACUACCCCUUCCUACGUCGCCUUCUCCCCCGCCUCCGCGGGCUCCGAGCGCCUCAUCGGCGAAGCUGCCAAAAACCAGGCUACUCUCAACCCCGGCCGUACCAUCUUCGACGCUAAACGUCUCAUCGGCAAAAAAUUCGACGACCCAGAAGUCCAGAAAGAUCUGAAGUACCUACCCUACCCCGUCGUCGAAAGUGACGGAAGGCCGUGCGUGGAAAUGGAUGUCAACGGACAGCUGAAAACUUUCACACCGGAAGAACUCAGCGCCAUGGUGCUGGUGAAAAUGAAGGAAACGGCGGAAGCCUACCUUGGGAAGCAAGUAAAACACGCCGUGGUCACCGUCCCGGCCUACUUCAAUGACCUCCAGAGGCAAGCCACCAAGGACGCCGGCACCAUCGCUGGCCUCGAUGUUUUGCGAAUAAUCAACGAGCCGACCGCAGGCGCCUUGGCUUACGGUCUGAACCAGGAUUCGAGACGGAAGAGGAAUAUUUUGGUGUACGAUUUAGGUGGCGGGACUUUCGACGUCAGCGUCUUGAAUAUUGACAAAGAUGAGUUCCGGGUGCUGGCAACCGGAGGGGACACUCAUCUCGGCGGUGGGGAUUUCGAUCAGAGGGUGAUGAAGUAUUUUGUGGACAUGAUCAAGAGGAAGUACAAGAAGGACGUUAGUAAAGACCGGAAGGCUCUUGGAAAGCUGCGGAGGGAAUGCGAGAGAGCCAAAAGGGUACUGAGCAGCCAAACACAAGUUAGGGUGGAGAUUGAUUCUUUCAUACAAGGGAUGGACUUCUCCGAGCCAUUGACGAGGGCGAGGUUCGAGGAUUUGAAUUCGGAUCUUUUUGAGAGAACAUUGGAAGUGGUGAAAUCGACAAUGGAAGAUGCAAAUGUGGAGAAGGACGAGAUUGAUGAGAUUGUGCUGGUUGGGGGGAGCACUAGAAUCCCCAAGGUGACGGAGAUGUUGAAGAAGGCCUUUAACGGAAAGGAACCUAGCAAAGGGAUCAAUCCUGAUGAAGCGGUGGCUUAUGGUGCUGCUGUCCAAGGAGCCAUGCUUAGUAGCGACCAAGGUGGACUGUUGGAGUUUGUAGGUGUUGUUUUAGUCGACGUCACUCCCUUGAGUUUAGGGGUCCAGGCCCUCGGUGGUCUGAUGUCCGUGGUCAUGCCAAGAAACACCGUCAUUCCUAGAAAAAUCACAAGGGGUAGGUAUACAACCUUUGCCGACCAGCAAACUUCUAUGUUUAUCCAGGUGUUCCAAGGUGAAAGGCCCCUCACCAUGGAUUGCAUUCACCUCGGAAGUUUUGUCUUAGGAGACAUUGCCCCUGCUCCAAGGGGUGUACCGUCUGUGGAGGUGACAUUCGAGGUUGAUGCGGAUGGAAUCUUAACCGUCACGGCCAAGGAUACAGCAUCAAAGAAUUCGGGAUCCCUCACCAUCAGCAGCAGUAAACGGAAUCUGAGUCAAAGUGAGGUGGAGAGGAUGACGACAGAAGCGAUUGAGAUGGCCGAGCAUGACAAGAAGGAGAAAGCACGGAUCGAUGCGAGGAACUGCUUGGAGAAGCAUAUCUAUGACCUGAACAAGGCAAUUGAUGAGAAGCUUAAUGUUUGUGAUAAGGCCGAGGCGAAGACUGCUCUGACAGAAGCUUCAGAGUGGCUUGAUGAUAACCAGGAUGCAUGGGAGGAGGAUUACGAGGAUAGAAUCCAGGUGUUGAGAGAUUUAUGGGCUCGUACUUGGUAG